AUGGCCCGCCGAAUGUCCACCUCUCCUCCCACCACUGGAAGACAGACCCCCUCGGGUUCGGGCUCGGGGCUGGUGAGAGGCCGCGCUUGUGGUCCUUGCAGGAAGCGCAAGGUCCGCUGCGAUGGCGAGAAGCCCAUUUGCGGACAAUGUCAACGCUCCUCUCGCUCGAACGACCCGUGCAACUACGCCGAUGUUGGCCCCUCAAAGACUCAGAUCCUGGAGGCCACUAUCUCUCGACUUCAAACCCGUAUACAGGAGUUGGAAGACCCCAACCCGGAGGUGCCACUCGUCAACCCAUACGCGGCCCCUUCAUCGCCAGUGGCUGAGUCUUCUCGCUCAUCCCCAUCCGUCAUUGCAGCGCCAGAUGCUCGCGAAGAAGAUCUAUCCCCAUCGUCGGUGCAAAUCCUUCUCGCGGCCUUCCGUCCUCACGCCGAAGAAUUCGGUUUUUUCCUCGACUUCGGUCGCGUGCAAGACAACAUCACCUCCCCUCUCACGGAUCACCCCCUCCCGAUGCUGCGCAAUGCCAUAUACCUCUGGGGCGCACACUUCGCGGGCCAGCGCUGGGCGGAACACGAGGCGCGAUUCUCCGAAUCCGCCGUGCACAGCGCGCAACCCAUAUCGUUUGCGUCUCCAGGCGUCCUGUUGGAGUCUAUCCAGGCCAAAAUCCUCCUAUCCACCUAUUUCUUCCGUCAUAACCGCUGCCUCGAAGCCAUCUCUUUUCUCGCGGCCGCCACCGGCAUGUCGCUUGCCAUGGGCCUCCACAAAGAUAGUCAAGGCGCUUCUCCGACCGCGGGAUUUCUGUCGCAGUCGUUCAAGUUGCCACCGGCUUUGGACUUCAUUGAGGAAGGCGAGCGCAUUCGCGGAUUCUGGACUGUCUUCAUGCAAUGCAACGCGACGUCUGUUAUUGGCGAGUUCGUGUCGCCUAUGGCUGCCGACAAUGGGCUACAGGUCGACGUGCCCUGGCCGUUGGAGAGCGCCGCGUACGCUGAGCCUAAUUUUAUUUUCAUGACGAAUCCUGGUCAAACGUUGCGCAACCUCCGGCCAGCCCUCCUUGAACGCGGGCUGAGGGAAUAUACGCCUAUGGCGCUUGUGGCGCAGGCGUCCUUCCUCUACGAGCGUGCAGCUAGCCUUGCUACGCAGUAUCGUCCUAAUAUGACCGCAGACGACACAGAAACAUACGCGUCGACAUUCUCCACUCACGACUACUUCCUCGAGCGUUUCCGGACAUCCAUUCCCCGCCUGGACCGCUUCCAAUCGACCGCAAUCCGCGCCUAUCUCACGGCGCACUCCUUCGCGAACGCGGGCCUCAUUCGCCUGCAUGGCGUCUUCGCAGAGACGUCGGGGCCCUCCUGGAUGAAGUGCGUGACUGCGGCGCACGCCGUCAUCUCUGUCUUCGGUGCGGUCAACGUACAGACCUUGCCGCCGAUGAGCCCCUUGAUGGCGACCGUUCUGGCGACCGUCUUUCGCGUUCUCAAGUGGACCUUGGGCCGGCUGGCGCUGGGUGCGGUGGGCAUCAGUGUCAGCCCUCAGGAUAUCCAAACUGAUCUCGACCGAUGUACGCUGCUAAUGACGCUGCCGUCGUUCGCGUCUCCGCUUAUGGAGGCCCAGUAUCAGUUGGUUGUUGCAGCCGAGGGUGUUCUUUUCUAG